AUGCAGGAAAUAAUUGCAUUACCAUUCAAGGGAGAUCCUUCCUUAAUGCGUCCAGCUUCCAAGGAUUUUCGUUGCCAUGAGUCUUUGGAACGACACUUCGUUGCUGCUGCUGCUGAUGCUGACGAUGAUGAUGUUGCUCAUGAUCACUAUGCUUAUGAUGUCAGCGGCUCGGGUCAAGUCGUCAUGUUUCAAUGUACACUUCCAGAAACAAAUAAAUUCCUUACGUUUUCUUGUCAGGAACCCUCCUGUGGAGUUUUGAUGGAAGACGAACCUGCCGCAACCAAGGAGGAAGACGGCGCCAUGGAUCCCUUCUUCUUUGACACUGGAUACACCUUGGCAGGUAAGACUGGAUUUCAAGUCUGGCCUGGUUCUCGACUGGUUGUGGAAGCCAUGACGUUUGUUGAUGCUUCAAAUAAUCAUGACAGCCCUCGAUUAAGAACAUGGCAAGAAAGGAUGGCCAACGGAGCCAAGGUUUUGGAACUCGGCAGUGGUGUGGGUGUUGUGGGUGCAUCACUGGCAUCCUUUGGUGCUCAUGUCUUGCUAAGUGACUUGCAGACACUGGUACAAAACUCGACGCAACCAAAUCUGCAACGGAAUGCCAACAAUAAAAAUCAGCAGUCUUUUCGAGCUAAUUACGACGACACGGAAAUAGUACUGUCGUCACCACCACGUCCAUCAUGGUUGCCAUCGAAUGCCGUGCGAAUCGGCAAAGGCUGGGCAGCUUCGACGGCGGUGGAUUGGACCAUUCCUUUGCCGGAACAAGUGCAACAUAUUCGAGCCUCCAAAGCAAGCACAACCAAUUCUGCUGACUCAUCGUCAUCAUCUGAGAAUAUUCUUGGUCAGAUAGAAGUGGUAAUUGCGAGUGAUUGUGUCUGGCUGGUUUCCAUGAUGGAACCUCUCUUUGAUACAGUCCAAUACGUCUUUCAGCACAAUCCCAAUGCGAAAUUACUACUGAGCUUUCAACGACGAGAUGGUAGCACGACGACGCCUGAGAGUAGUGACAGCAGUGAGAGUAGCAUGUUUACUACCGUGGACAAGAUUCUGACGGCCAUACAACACGACCGAAAGUGGUCCGUUCAAUGUUUGGCCUGGCGAUAUGUCAAUCAGACGGACCAAAAUGAAAUAUUCUUGUUUGAAGUUUCACCAAAUCAUUGA